CGUUAAAUCGCUGAAACUUGUGAGGGGCGGAUCGACGGAUUGAAUUCGUUCAUUCCUCACUCGAUUUUUUUUUCCGUUUUUCGCGGAAAAGUUGCAAAUCAAGCGCGUGGCUUUUCGUCUUAAAUAUUUCCUGGUUUAAUCGCAGAAUUCUAGAUAAAUUGCCGUGAAAAUGGAAGACGUCAAUGACAACAUGACAGGAUCCAGUCAGUGGACAGUAACUGAGAGCACGCCAUUGCUGGGAGAGUCCACGAUGACAGAAUCACACAUGGGAAUAUCCCAGCAGACGCUGGUAUCACGCGGAAAUGAGACUUCAGCUCGAAAAUUGCCGCAAUACCUGGCAGGUUUAGCCGCCACCCUGGGUGCCCUAGCGGCGGGAAUGGUGCUGGGCUGGACAUCACCAGCAGGUGCAAACGGUGUGAAUCUCUCAAAAGAGUACAACAUGACGAUCUCCAAGGAGGACUUCUCGUGGAUCGGUUCGAUCUUCAAUUUGGGCGCAGCAACAAUCUGCGUGCCAAUCGGAAUUCUGACGGACAUAAUCGGUCGAAAGAAAUCGAUGCUGAUUCUCGUAUUGCCCUUCACGAUCGGCUGGUGCCUGAUAAUCUGGGCGGAUUCAGUGGCGAUGUUCGAGGCAGGUCGUUACAUCCUGGGAGUGAGUGGUGGUGCUUUCUGCGUGACAGCACCGAUGUACACAGCAGAAAUAGCUGAGAGUUCCAUCCGUGGAAGUCUAGGCUCGUACUUCCAGCUGAUGCUGUGCGUUGGAAUUCUCCUGACGUACGUCCUGGGCUCGGUGGUCUCGAUGUUCGUGUUGUCCCUGAUAUCAGCAGUCGUUCCCCUUGUUUUCUUCGUCAUCUUUUUCUUUAUGCCGGAGACACCGACUUAUUACUUGAAGAAGGGAGACGUUGGAGCUGCAAGGAAAAGCUAUCGUUGGCUUCGAGGACCUGAUUAUAAUAUCGAAGUGGAGCUCGAGACACAGAGGGAAACCCUGGCUGCGGCACAGCGCAAUCAGACGUCUUUUCUCACUUCUAUUCGAUCGAGAGCUGCCAUCAAGGGCCUCAUCAUCGCCUUUGGGCUCAUGUUCUUCCAGCAGUUGAGUGGAGUUAAUGCCAUUAUAUUCUACUCUGGAUCUCUUUUCGAUGCUGCUGGUAGCUCCAUGGACUCCAACCUGUCGACGAUCAUCGUGGGAGUCAUGCAGGUGAUUGCUGUGUUCAUCAGCACUCUCAUCGUUGAUAAAUUGGGAAGGAGAAUUCUUCUUAUUGGCUCUGUUCUCGCCAUGUGUAUCUCUGCCCUAGUCAUCGGGGUGUAUUUUAAUCUGAAAAGAAAUGACAAUCCUGUGGCUGAAGAUAUUGGCUGGCUGCCACUUCUUGGUGUCUGCAUUUUUAUUAUUAUGUUCUCUCUGGGAUUUGGGCCCAUACCCUGGAUGAUGAUUGGAGAGAUAUUUGCACCUCAGGUCAAGGGAAUUGCUGGAAGCAGUGCCUGUCUGUUCAAUUGGCUCAUGGCAUUCGUUGUCACCAGGUUUUACAGUCCCGUUGAACAGGCCCUCGGCACUGACUGGACUUUCUGGAUUUUCUCAAUUGUCUGCGCUGUGGGAGUUGUUUUUGUGGUGAUCGUAGUGCCUGAGACCAAGGGGAAGAGCCUUGAGGAGAUCCAGGUAGAGCUGGGGGGACGCAGACCCACGGUUACCGGGAUGGUACACACCAAUAAAGUUUAAUGGGGAGGAAUGACAGAUCAAUGAUUUUUUGUGUCAGAUUAAAGCGAAACGAAAAGGGAUUUCACUCGUCGAGUUUUUUGAGAAUAUCUUCCGAGGAAAGGGAAAUGACGGAAAUUUGAUAACUAGCUUUUUUGUAGAACUGAUUGAGAGCUACCGAAAAGAAAGUAAAAUUUUGAUAGCCACCCCGGUUUCGGAAAUUGCCAGAAAACCCAAUGAAGUACUCGAUUUCUGAAGUUUUAAUGAAUUAUUCUGGAACCGAACGAUGAAAUAUCUCGGAAUCUAACGGAGAUAGCCAAUUUCGUCUCAAGAACUCGUUUAUACACUGCAAUGAGAGCUAUAGAAAAGGUAGAUAUGAAAAUUUCGGGAGCUGUCUUAGAUUGAGAGAUAUUUCAAAAAUUCAACGAUAAUUGAGAGACAGGUAGUGAUGUGUGACACUGCCGUUUGUUAUAAAGGUGCAGCCAUUUUUCUUUCGUCAUUGUUUUACAAGACUGAUUCUUUGUACCAUAUCGUAUGCAGGGCGACGAGAUUUAAUUAAGGUAUUAUUUAAUGUAAUUACUUAUGGAGUGUAUAUAAAUUAUAUUUGGAGGUAAA